AUGUUGAGUUUGUUUAUUUUUAAUGUUUUUAAAACUCUGUCUUUUUGUCUGUACCAGGGUCAUGUUGCACCUUCAUCAAGUGAUUCUGGUUCAUGUGGUAACCUGAUUAUCGACUUCUAUUGGGGCAUGGAGUUAUACCCUCGAAUUGGUAAGAACUUUGACAUCAAGGUUUUUACUAAUUGCAGAUUUGGUAUGAUGUCUUGGGCUGUUCUUGCCGUCACCUACUGCAUUAAGCAGUAUGAAAUAAAUGGGAGAGUAUCUGAUUCAAUGCUUGUGAACACCAUUCUAAUGCAUGUGUAUGUCACAAAAUUUUUUGGGUGGGAAGCUGGUUACUGGAACAGCAUGGACAUCGCACAUGACCGAGCUGGCUUCUACAUUUUCUGGGGCUGUCUAGUGUGGGUGCCUUCUAUUUAUACAUCUCCAGGCAUGUACCUUGUGAACCACCCAGUCCAACUUGGAACUCAGUUGGCAAUAUACAUUCUGGUGGCGGGGAUUCUCUGCAUUUACAUAAACUAUGACCGCGAUAGACAAAGGCAAGAGUUCAGGAGGACAAACGGGAAAUGCUCGGUUUGGGGCAAAGCCCCAUCAAAGAUUGUGGCGACAUAUAAGACAACAGCUAGUGAAACUAAAACCAGUCUUCUCUUAACCUCUGGAUGGUGGGGAUUGGCUCGACAUUUCCAUUAUGUUCCUGAGAUCUUAAGUUCUUUCUUCUGGACCGUACCAGCUUUCUUUAGUAACUUCUUGCCAUACUUCUACGUCAUAUACCUCACGAUUCUUCUCUUUGAUCGAGCCAAGAGAGACGAUGACCGACGCCGAUCAAAGUAUGGGAAAUAUUGGAAGUUUUACUGCGAAAAAGUGCGACACAUGAUUGUUCCUGGUAUUUAUUGA